CUGUUUAUAAAUAUGUGCAGCACUAAACUGUAGCAAAACGCACGAUACGUAAAUAAACCGGCAUCACUUAUAGCAAAUAAGUAAUACAAUGUCCGAAGAGGCGCCAAGUACUUCUACAUUUGGCUUCAAGAAGCGUAAUUUCAACAAAGGUUCGGGUAUGAGGCGGAAGAAAGUCAGCAGCACCAGCAGCAACGAUUCGGAAAAAAAUAGCGACGAGGAGUUGAAAAGUAAAACAAGUGCCUUAGUUCGUGCUGAAAAUCGUCGGAAGCGUACUAAUCCAAACUUCCAAAGCACUAAAUCGUUAGCUAAACGUAAGGCGGAAAUAGGCUCCAGAGGAUUCGACUCAUCAGGCAGCGACGCUGACUCGGCGGGCGAUAGCAAUGCUGUGGGUGUGGCUUAUAAAUCGAAGCGUGAAGCUCUUUCUAGUGGACCUCAGGAUCAGGGCGCCACUGCCGUUAAUGAAAUGGACACGGAACUGGAUCGCGAUGCCCAGGCGAUACACGCGCGCUCACUUAAAAUCAAUGAAGAACUCGAGGGAAAAGCGGACGAUAAGAUCUAUCGAGGCAUUAAUAAUUAUGCGCAAUAUUACAAAAAGAAGGACACUGCGGCGGGCAAUGCUAGCUCGGGCAUGGUGCGCAGUGGGCCCAUACGGGCCCCGGCGCAUCUACGUGCGACUGUACGUUGGGAUUAUCAGCCAGAUAUUUGUAAAGAUUUUAAAGAGACAGGCUACUGUGGCUUUGGUGAUAGUUGCAAGUUUUUACAUGAUCGCAGUGACUAUAAAGCCGGCUGGCAGCUAGAAAUGGAUCACGAGGCGCAACGGCGGGGAGAUUGUGACUCGGAUGGGGAUGAGCAUAAAUAUGAGAUUCACUCGGAUGAGGAAUCCCUGCCAUUCAAGUGUCACAUAUGCAGGCAGAGCUUUGUUAAUCCUGUGGUCACCAAGUGCAAGCAUUACUUCUGCGAGAAAUGUGCGCUGGCCCAGUACAAGAAGUCGCAGCGUUGCAUAAUUUGUUCACAGCAAACCAAUGGCAUUUUUAAUCCUGCCAAGGAGCUGAUAGCUCGCCUGAAAACAGCACCCACGGACGAGUUAGAUGAUGAUGAUGAUGAUGACGAUGACAAUAUUGAGCACGGCCAUCAUGACAAAAAUAUAGAGCAAGUGUUGCCAGUUUCCUCCAAUAGCGAAAGUGAAUAAGUUAGCCAGGUUUUUUGCGCUGGGUACUGCGCCUUUUAAAAUGUGUUCUUAAAUGUUGUCAAAUUAAAAACAAAAAGUUUAUUUUUGUAGACUAGUGAAUUCAUUAUUUUCUCUACGAAUAAUCAUCUAGUAGCUUCUAAACCAUACAAGCUUUAUUCAAACACACAAACUCGAAUAUAAGAAGCUUACUAUUUUUAUAUAUAAACUGUUUGUCCGAACGGACUGAUCAAGCCUAAGUCGUAAGGUCUAGAAAGCUGAAUUUUCACUGUAGUUACCUUAUAUGAUGGAGGUGCACGCUAAGAUGUAAACGUGCGUAUAGGAUGGUAAGCAAAAAAAAUUCGUACAAAUGAAAAAAAAAAAACGAAAGUGAAAAUUUCAGCUUAAGUUAUACUGAAAAGUCAAAUACGAAACCUAGGUCGUCUUCGUUGCUCGCAAUGCCAAAUAAAAUGAAAAAUCACACGAGCACAACUAACUGAGACGAGUAGCUAUUGGUUUUCCUUUCUGUGAGAAUUAAUAUUUUCUCUGUUCUGAACCUAGUUGAUUCUCUUUUGUCAAUGUGACACACACUUGUUUUUAGACAUUGAACAUUCUUGGUUACUUGCUUUUAUUCGGCUUCCGUUGACACUUGUAGGUACAGGCAUUUAAGGUUUAUACUUGCUUAGUUAUUUUCAUUUAAGCAAGUAUAUUGCCCGACCGGGCAACAUUUAUAUUAGACUUAUGCAAGACACUAGUUCAUGCGACAGCCAAAUACCACGUCUGCGCAAUUCUGUUCCUAUGGAUACAACUGCUUGGAUAUUGGGUCAGUGGGGAAGUUCGAAAUGAAAAUAAACAACAUAUUGAACAUGUUGAAAUGGCCAAAUGCAAAAUAAAGCUUAACUCAAAUUUUGCCCAUUUUGUGCUUAUCGACGCACAUUUCUAUUGGAAAUCUCUGUCUCAGCCUUUCUGUCUGCAUUUGAAGAACAUAGCACGAAAAGAAUGUGUGUGGAAAGAAUUUUUUUGGCAAUAAAGACCCUGACCAAAAAGCCUUUUAAA